GUCAAUUACUUACAUCCUUUUGAGUCAAUGGCUCACAAAGAACUUAAUUCAACACGAGUUAUCGACCGUACUGCUACGUUUCAUUCUAUUAUGUACGUUUGGUGCUUUUCGGUUUUAUUUGCAACAGCUUCGGGAUGUAUCCAUACAAAGUGGAAUCCACUAAGCAACGACAAACACUUAGCGGUGUUGAUCCUAGCAAGAGGUGGUUCUAAAGCGAUACCGUUAAAGAACUUGGCGAAGGUAGGCGACAAGAGUUUGCUGAGCAGAUCACUUCAGGUUAUUUUGGAAGUGGCGGCAUUUGAUUCGGUUUGGGUGUCGACUGACAAUUUCGCAAUUUACGAGGAAGCCAUAAAAAAUGACGUGAACGUCCAUUGGAGAUCGGCUAAAUCGGCAACGGAUGAAGCCCCAUCAAUUUUAGCCGUACAAGAAUUCCUAAUCGACCACCCGUACAUAGACGCCGUUGCACUGGUGCAAUGCACCUCGCCCUUUUUGAAGGGAACGUACUUGCAGCAGGCGGCCAUGUUACUCUCUGGGAGUGAUUGUGUUUUUUCGGUGACAAGGUCGCAUAACCUACGGUGGAAGACAAUAGAAGGAGAAUUGGUCCCGUUAAACUUUGAUCCAAAGCGCAGACCACGUAGGCAGGAUUUCGGAGAGUUUGUAGAAAAUGGGAUGUUUUAUUUUAGUACCAGAAGGCUAAUUGAAAAGGGAUACCUUCAAAACUUACGGUAAAUUUGCAUUAAAGGAGUAGUGUAGGCUUAAGUAAUCAUACAGAAUGGAAGGUUAAGCUAGGCGAUAAAUUUGAUCCAUUUAGCUUUAAUAGUUAACUAAACUACGACGGUGGUACAACAAUUUUCAACUCUCCCAUAUGAAAGCGAGGUUUCAUCCAAUGGAACCUCCUUCACAUUCCACACCAGUAAGUAGAAUCAUCUCUUUCCUCAGCGCUGUUGUUUUUACCAAAAUAUCCCCCUACUUAUUUGAUGAAAAUACACAGAAAACAGAAAUGUUCCUCCUCUAUUUACCAAAAAAGAAUCUCUAAGCUAAAUAAACACGUUAAGGUCUGUACGCAAUAAACGUCAAUAAUUAUCUAUAAACAUUAAAAUAAACAGCCUAUCCUAUCAUCAACCGACAGCACUAAAAUCAACCCCAGGAGUAGGCAGAUUGAGACCUAGGGCAACUCACCAUUUCCGUACCGCUACUACUACCAUCGAAUCUUGUAUCUACUUACUCUGUACAUACGUUGUUCUUGUCUUUUGACUGUGUAUAUAGUGUAAUAUAUGUUAUUUAAACCGCCACGUUAUUCCACCCGGUAACACACUUGUUACACACGUUGCCGAUGUACAAGAAGAGGAUGCGACACCGCCAAUGGCUGCAGUGCCAGUGAUCACCGAGUGGGUGGGUUUAUAAGCAGCCCCAAAACCAACAUCAAAUCACUGGAUUAGGUUAAUCCUUCUUCCCUUCGCAAGCUCCUGAGACUUAGAGGUGGGACUCGAGUAGCGCUUACCAUUUGCUUCAAGAGACGCUGUCUACCUUCCGAGCAGUGUUUAACAAGAACAACAGGUCAUCCACCCCCGUGCAUCAUAUACAGUUGAACGACAACACGCCUUUCCGCAUAGCCCGGUACCGCGACUAGCCGGAAUAGACUCGUAUCCAGCUCGCGGACUAGAUCAUCGAUCCAAGCGCCUGGACUAUCUACGCCUGGCCCUCAACCGUCUCCAACAACACAAUUUUAUCCACGGACAAGUGCCAGCUGGGGAUGACAACUCUGACACUUAUAGUGCCUAGCGGUGAUGUAGGCGAUCAAACAGACGCACCGACAGCCGUGCCCAAAAUAGACACUCGCGCCCGAAACUGCCUUCGCUGAUGUUGGGUAGGUAUAUAAUUAAUAGACUAGUGCCUGAAGGGUCUCGCUCAACUCGUAAUAUGCUUCUAUAACAGAUACGAUACUUAAUCGGCCAACCUCUCCAGAAGGAAGUGAUGGACUCCCACAACAUUCACGUUUCAAACUCGAUCAUGACUUAACCGAGAUGACAAAGAUAUUAAAUAGGUACUAAUGUUAACAAAUUAUUUGAAUGUGAUAGGAUUUACCCCAGAAGGGGCCAAAUAGUAACUAAUACACUAGAGAGUUACGGAAGUUAUUUUUUUGUUGAGAAUCGAAUCCCGAUAUCAAAUCUUACUCA